AUGUCAUUACACUCUAAUCAUCCUUAUCACUUAGUUGAAAAAAGCCCUUGACCUUUAAUUGCAUCGGUUAGGGCACUGAUAAUGGUAGCUGGGCUGGUAAAAUGGUUUCAUGAUUUUAAAGUGAGACUCUUUCUAUUUGGUGUGGUAAGUAUUCUAUUAGUGUCGGCCCAAUGAUGACGAGAUACAGUGCGAGAGGCAGCCUUUCAGGGGCUGCAUACUCUUAAGGUGGCUCAGGGGAUACGUUGAGGAAUAGUUUUAUUUAUUGUUUCUGAGCUAUUAUUUUUUUUCUCUUUUUUUUGAGCCUAUUUCCACAGAAGUCUAAGCCCGACUUCAGAGAUCGGAGCUCAAUGACCUCCUGCUAGCAUUAAUGGGUUUAACCCGUUCCAGAUUCCUUUGCUUAAUACUGCUAUUUUAUUGGCGUCGGGGGUUACUGUGACUUGGGCUCAUCACGCUAUUUUGGAAAAUGAGCACUCUCAGUCAGUGCAAGGCUUAUUGGCUACUGUUUUAUUAGGGGGGUAUUUUACUUUUUUACAGGCAUUUGAAUACUCAGAGUCUGCCUUUUCUAUUGGCGAUUCAGUAUACGGGGCUACAUUUUUUGUAGCAACAGGAUUUCACGGCCUUCAUGUAAUUAUUGGGUCUACUUUUUUAUGCGUUAAUCUGUGGCGACUCGUACAAGGCCACUUUUCUAGCGCGCACCACAACGGAGUAGAAGCAGCUAUUUGGUACUGACAUUUUGUGGACGUAGUUUGACUUUUCUUAUACGUGUCUAUUUAUUGAUGAGGCUAUUAA